GGGUCAUUUUGAGAGCUGCAACAGAGACAGAACAGACCUGAGUACUAUUCAGUCUAUAGGCCACUGAGGGAAAACCAAACAGAGAUGAAUGAAAAUGUUUAUGCAAACUCAGGAAUUUCAACAGACAACAGAUCAGCUGCUUCGAAGGACUCAUAUGAAGACAUUUAUGUGAAUGAGAGCGUUCCUGAGACUCAGACGACCAGGUUCCAAAAGGAAACCACAACUUCUGGAGGAGACACUGCAUGGAUCAGGUGUUACAGACUGACUGUUGUGUGUCUGGUGCUGCUGUGUGUUCUCCUGCUGAUUCCCGUCACAGUGCUGUGGAUCAAAUACAACAACCUGAAUAUGGAGAACAGUCGACUACAGACCCAUAACAAGAACCUGACCAUAAUGGGACAGGAUUUACAGCUACAGAGAGACCAGUUCAAGCAGGAGAACUCUGAACUGCACAGUAUGAUUUUACAACUUGAUAUGUACUCUAAAAAAGGAUGGAGAUUUUUCAACUCGAGGAUUUACAUUUCCACUGAAAACAAAACCAGCUGGUUUGAGAGCAGUAAGGACUGCAAAAGGAGAGGAGCAGACCUGGUGAUCAUAAACAGCACAGAAGAACAGGAGUUCAUCAGUAAACAUUUUGGCAGUAUUGAAGCUUGGAUUGGUCUGACUGACAAGGACACAGAAGGCACCUUUAAAUGGGUGGAUAAUUCAGCACUGACCACUCCGUUCUGGUGGAAUGGAGAACCUAAUAAUUUUGGAGCUGGUGAGGACUGUACUAUAACAGGCUAUAAAAAAGCUGGAUCUAACCUCUUUACCUGGGCUGAUUAUCCUUGUAGCUUUCCUGUAGUCGGCAUUUGUGAAAUGAAAGUAUUUAACUAAGCAGUACUUUGAUAUGAUACUUUAUAUGUUUAGAAACAAUCUGUUUUGGAUUAAUUAGGAGUUUGGAAAUCAAACCACAAUUUAAUAUAGCAGUCAUUCUUGAGAAAUGGGACAAAAGUUUUUAAUUUGGGAAAAAUAUAGGUUAUGUAAAGGUUCUGUAUUUAUAUAAAUAAAACCUUUU